AUGAUCUACGAAGCCCCCGGCAUUCGCCAAUUGCGCCGCAUGACGGACGACCAGAUCUCUCGCACGCCACCAUCAACAACACCGCCGUUCGUGAUGGGGCGUAAGCGACCGCGGGUGGAUGCAGAGGUCACGGAGGACGCCACGUCCUCGAUAGAAUCACCACCUCUGCCUACCGCAAUGCCGCCGCCAGAACCACCUCGACAACAGCAGCAGCAGUACUUCCGCUACGAAUUAGGUCCAACGCCCGACGAGGGGUGGAACGGCCGCGUCGAAGUCGACAACAACCGAGACACCUCAAGGUACCUCAGACGCGCAUAUUUCUCGAGGAAUCGGCACCAGCGAGAGGUGGAUAAGGUCGACAUUCCGGCACCCGUGGAGUGGCUUUGCCACGACGCCGCCAGUUCCACGAGGCUCCGCGCGCAGGCCCAGAAGGACCUGCAGCUUUUCGUCCCUCGCCCGCCCUACCACCUGCCGCACAGCGAGAGACAGGAGCGCUGGCCAGGGGACAUCGGGAUCCGCGCCGCCAUCCACAGCACCUUGAACUAUUCAACCGGAAAUUGUACGGCUGGACACAUGAGGCCUGAGCGAGUCAUCCGCGGCGGCGACGUGCUGCCGUGGGGCACUUGGCCCGUUAGGCUUCGGCACCACGAGGGUCAGAGCUUCUACCGAGACCCUGUCGGGUACGGCAGUAGAGGUGAUAGCAGUCGUGGCGAUGUCGGCUGUUCCAGUUCUGGUUCGCGCUACUGGGUCGGUGUGGGUGGUGUUGGUCGCAACGGCGGCGUCGGUGGAGUCGGCGCCGUUAGCGAAGGCUCGAUCCACGACGAGCUUCUCACGCGAGAGUUUCCCUUUUAUACCCACGGGCACAAACGUUACGAGGAGGCUCCCGUGAAACGGCUGGUACCUGACAGGCGCGGCCGAUGGGUCGAAGCAUGGCCAAAAAGACCGCCGCUGACGCGUGCUGCUGCUACAGCGGCAGCAGAAACCUCUAUCUCUGGCUCCGAUCCUGCUUCCAGCCCCGUUGGCCCGCCGCCUCCGGAGCCGCCGCCGCCGCCCCCCGCCGUGCCCUCGUCUAUGCCGUCUAGCACGGCUGAGGGAGGGGUCGUCAAGGCCCUGCUUCCUGCCCGGUACGGGGGCUGGGUCGAGUUCCAGAUGGACAAGAAGGACAGCGCUACUGUCGCCACAAAGAAACGACGCGCAGCCGUUGCGAUGGCUGCCAGGUUCGGACCGGACGGCGAUGGUGAUGAAAAGAAUGCGGGCGUCGUCCCUGACGCUGCCCUGCCGUCGUCGUACCAAGAAGAGGAGGAGUACGUUCGUCGGAUGGUGGCGUCUACGACAACAAGGAAGGCGGGGCGACAGCAAGGAGAGAAAAGCACACAGCAUCAACACGGCGUGCUCGCGAGUCUAACGGAAGAAGGCGACCAAGGCGGUGGUAGGGUAGCGACGGGCGGUGCCGAAGGGAGGCGGAGAAAGCGUAGCUGGGACACCGCCCGCAGCGGUGUCAACGCGGAGAGAGGUGACGAUGAUCACGGCGACAAUAGUGGCUGUCACCGGCAAGGCUGGAUUGUGUCCGAACCGGCGAAGGAGACAGUCAGACGAGUGUGGAACAGGGCGAGGAGACGCGCCCGAGACAGCUUCGAACCGAGGAACCGUGCGCCUGAAGCAGCGGUCGACAAUGGUGCAGAGGACGGAGCUGCUUCACCUGCCGCCGGCACAACCGCCACUUCCGCAGCUGGCUGCGGGACAGCGCGCGAGGAGCUCGACCCUGGCCUGUUGUCUUGCCUUGGGAGGGAGUGCGAGGGGAUAAUCGACGCCGCGCUACACGUUGUUCUGGGCGACCGGCUCCGGCGUCUCAGAGCGCGGUCUUCGUCGUCGUUGGCAGAAGACAAGCAGAAAAUCUCGCCGCCGCCGCCUCCUCUAGAGACGGCAGACUGGCAGGACGUCUUGAGGGCGAUGGAGAGCUGUUCGGAAGGCGCUCGAAGCGCUCGGCCGCCCGUGGCCACAGCAGCCGCGUUUCGCUCGAAAGCUGCGGAAGCUCGCCGGGCAGGCUGCAUAGGAGGAGGAGGAGGAGGAGGAGGGGCAAAAAAUGGAGGAAAGGGGGGAGGAACAACAGAUGGCAGGGAAGGAGUUCCAGGACGAGAAGCGAUAUUGAGGGCAGUGUGGGGAGGGGGAGGAGACUCGAGCGAUGGAUCAGUGGUGGUCGUGAACGAGAGGCUCCCUGGUCUGCCGCUGAACAAAGCGGUGCUGACGCGAUCGUACAACAGGCUGCUGCUGUACCUUCAUGAGAAAAAAGCAUGGCAAGUGUAGGCAGAAUUCCAGUUGUGUUAUUUUUGCGCUGUAGACCUGGUCAGACAGGGUGUGACGCGUUUGUACCUCGUUGCCGUAGACUUUCGAUCCGUUUGUCGAUGUUGCGUGGUAGUUGGUAGGCGGGUCUCAGGGCUGCCUUGCUUGCUCGCGUUGUUUUCACUUAUGUUCCUGGUUUUGACCACUUUUUCGUACGCGAAUGUGUGCCGUGGGCAAGCGGCGGCCCGAUCGUCAUGAAAGAUAUGAGACGACUGCAUGCACGGAAGACGUGGCGGUAGCGGUCAGGGUGGUGGUUUUCUGGGGAAUUUGCCUGUACUUCGUACCAAACUGGAUGAAAACAGUCGCCAUUUAUAAAGUGAACAAGCGCGUGGUCAUGGGCGGUACGCACAACCUAGAGGGAAGGGAUUGCUGCACCCU